UUACACCAAAUUAAAUACAAUGUCCAAUGCUCCAGGCUUUGAUUAUAAUCGAUGGGUGAUUAACAUCCGUCGAACACUAGAGUCGGAGCUUGAAGACGAAAAUGAGAUCUCCGUUAGCAUUUUCAAUGUCUCCAAAACCCUUUUAUCAUGCGAUCCAGAUUCAUACACCCCACAGCUGGUGGCCAUUGGUUAUUACCAUUACUGGCGUCCCGAGCUGCACGAGAUGGAGAGAUAUAAGAUCGAUGCUGCCAAAAGAACACAGAAAAAUCUCGUCAACGACCUCCAGUUCGAUCAUCUCGUCGAGCAGCUUCAGAGGCUGGCGCCGAAGAUCCGAGCGUGUUACCAUAAGUUUCUGGACUUCGGCAAUGAAACUUUCUGUUGGAUGUUGGCCAUUGACGCUUCCUUCUUGCUUGAGUUCCUUCAAAUCUAUGCCAUGAAAGAAGGUAAGCUGCUCACCAGGGUUUCUUCAAGGAUGUCGCAUUUGGUUGAUUAUGCAGGUCGAAAAUCUGCUCAUAACGCGAUUCUCAGAGAUAUAAUGAUGCUGGAGAAUCAAAUCCCUCUGUUUGUGUUGAGAAAGAUGCUUCAAGUUCAAUCCUCAUAGCUUGAACGAGCUGAUGAUCUGUUGCUGUCGAUGGUAACGGAACUAUGCAAG